AUCUGGAGUCACACCUCAAACAACCGGUUUUGUGGGGAAAUCACAUUGGACACUUAUGUAAUGUUAAGAUCAACCGAAUCAUUUUGGUUCAACUUGCGCCUCAUUUAGAAAACAUAACUCUUGGUGACCGGGGCAAGUGAAUAGAUAAGAGUUGUCGUUGUUUUUGUUUUUUUUAUCCUUUGAUAACCAUGCACACUUCGAGCAGAAUGCGUUUACUGAUAAUUGUGAUCAUAGGAUUGAAGUACUCUCCAUCCAAUGCACAAGGUAAAUUAUGUAAGAAAUGUCAAUACAAUUCUUGAGGUAAUACAAAUUUCAGGUUUAAAGAACUUUUUUUAUUUGAGAAUUUACCCACAAAAUUAUAACUAUUCUAUUUAUUGCAUCUAUUUAGAUCAGUGGUUUUCAACCUGUGGGUGCCGAACCCUCGAGGUUCGUUUUCUUUUUUAAAAAUAUGCAAUAGGUCGCUUGAGGGCUUCAAAAAAUUGAGUAUAUAGUAAAUAUGUGCGUAGCUUGGACGUUAAAAUUCAUUCCUUACUCACUCACUUAUUAGCAACUAAAAAAAAAAUAAUAAACUUAUUUGACAGAGAGUAAACAUUAGUGAUGUUAGUAAGUAGUUUUGCUCUUCAAGUCCAAGGUUACCUCAAUUAAAUGACAUUGUAUCUCAACUAGUUUAUAGUAACAAUUAAAUGACAUUUAUCUCAACUAGUACAUGGUAUCAAUUAAAUGACAUUGUAUCUCAACUAGUACAUGGUAUCAAUUAAAUGACAUUGUAUCUCAACUAGUUUAUAGUAUCAAUUAAAUGACAUUUAUCUCAACUAGUACAUGGUAUCAAUUAAAUGACAUUGAAUCUCAACUAGUACAUGGUAAAAACUAAAUGUCAUUUUAUCUCGACUAGUACAUGGUAAUGACAUUGUAUCUCAUCUAGUACAUGGUAAAAACUAAAUGACAUUGUAUCUCGACUAGUACAUGGAAUCAAAUAAAUGACAUUGUAUCUCAACUAGUACAUGGAAUCAACUAAAGGACAUUGUAUCUCAACUAGUAAAUGGAAUCAACUAAAUGACAUUGUAUCUCGACUAGUAAAUAGAAUCAACUAAAUGGCAUUGUAUCUCGACUAGUAAAUGGAAUCAACUAACAUAUUGGAUAGUAUUUCAUCUGAUACUGUCGCUAGUAAUCUCAGCUAAAAAAUAUCUCCUGCUCUAAGUUUAUAAGCCAAUUCGACAAAAUGAGGCCACAAGCCGUCAAGAUAGGAGCACACCAUAACUGAGAGUAGUACCAAUUUUUCGAACCACUCAACUGUUUAAUUGUCACGUGGGCAGACGUUACUUGAAAUGUUUACUUGAUCACAGUAGUUAACCUCUCCAGUGAGGUUUUCUCGUGUGUACUUUACCUUCGUACACAUUCUCUGCCCUUAUGAACACGUUAAAUUUGCCUGCAGGUACCUGCGACCCCCUCGCUAAGCAAUGUAUCAACGGGAUGUGUCAGGUGCAAUCCACCAGACAGUUUGGAUGCACGUGUAACCAACACUACAUGAGAGAUCCAUCAAACCCAUUGGUUUGUCAUCGUGAGUAGAACAUCAUCUUUUAAACCUCAUUGUUAGGAAAUGAUUGAAUAACAGUAACUUGAAGUGUUUGAAACAUAAUUAUAACAUACAAUAACACAACGCAAGAAAUCCCAAGGCCAAGGAUAAUUGAAGGAUAGGACUAGAACUAUUCAAGUGUGAUUUUUUUCUUCUAAAAACCGAUCCAGGUGGGAUUCUUUACUUACAUCUAUAUAACAUGGCCCAGCGUCCCACCCUUUUUUUUAAAAAGACUUUCUGACAUGCGUCCCACCUUCUCCUGUCCAGGUCAGCGACUGACCGCCCUUAUUUUUUAAAGUUGUCUCGUUUAUCAAUAAAUAAUUUAGAGCAUUAUGUAUUUAAAGACUGUUACCUUCUCACUCACCCCCACCCCCACCCACCCCCCCAACGGGCCGGUCCUAACUACAUUAUUUUGCAAACCUAUCUGCUGUCCAGAGACCAAGCACACAAGUAACAUUAAAAACGUUGACGGCGUCAGCUUAGUGGUCAACGUUUUGUUCAGAUGACCCAGUGGAAUUUUUUUUUAUUUUUCAAAUGUCACACGUUUCAUUAUUCUUUUUUUUUUUUAUUUAUUUAUUUGCCGGAAUAGCGGCGGUGCACAUAAAAGGUCACAUGUUGAGAACCACUGUCUUUAAGUAUUUCGACCUCGCAAAAAUCGCUUUCUACCUAAACUAUAUUGAAAGUAACCAUUUAUCAUGUGAGGAUCAGCAGCAGGAAAAUUUUAAUAUUCAAUCUUUUAUUUAUUCCCAGCCAUCCCUCCGUGUAAUCUGAUCCAAGGGGCACAACAAUGUGUCAACGGUCAGUGUCAGAUGCUGCCCUCUGGUCAGUACGGCUGCCUGUGUAACCCUGGCUUCCAGGUUAGCUCGACGGAUCCUAACUAUUGUGAAGGUAGGAACAGCUUAUGCCCCUUGGUUAACUUUAAAAACUAAUGCCGCGCUAACUUGAACAGGGUUCAUGUCUUGAGGUAUACAUUUAGUGAAGUACCUAUGUCUUGAGGUAUACAUUUAGUGAAGUACCUAUGUGUUGAGGUAUACAUUUAGUGAAGUACCUAUGUCUUGAGGUAUACAUUUAGUGAAGUACCUAUGUCUUGAGGUAUACAUUAAGUGAAGUACCUAUGUCUUGAGGUAUACAAUAAGUGAAGUACCUAUGUCUUGAGGUAUACAUUAAGUGAAGUACCUAUGUCUUGAGGUAUACAUUAAGUGAAGUACCUAUGUCUUGAGGUAUACAUUAAGUGAAGUACCUAUGUCUUGAGGUAUACAUUAAGUGAAGUACCUAUGUCUUGAGGUAUACAUUAAGUGAAGUACCUAUGUCUUGAGGUAUACAUUAAGUGAAGUACCUAUGUCUUGAGGUAUACAUUUAGUGAAGUACCUAUGUCUUGAGGUAUACAUUUAGUGAAGUACCUAUGUGUUGAGGUAUACAUUUAGUGAAGUACCUAUGUGUUGAGGUAUACAUUUAGUGAAGUACCUAUGUGUUGAGGUAUACAUUAAGUGAAGUACCUAUGUGUUGAGGUAUACAUUUAGUGAAGUACCUAUGUGUUGAGGUAUACAUUUAGUGAAGUACCUAUGUCUUGAGGUAUACAUUAAGUGAAGUACCUACGUCUUGAGGUAUACAUUAAGUGAAGUACCUAUGUCUUGAGGUAUACAUUUAGUGAAGUACCUAUGUGUUGAGGUAUACAUUUAGUGAAGUACCUAUGUCUUGAGGUAUACAUUUAGUGAAGUACCUAUGUCUUGAGGUAUACAUUAAGUGAAGUACCUAUGUCUUGAGGUAUACAUUAAGUGAAGUACCUAUGUCUUGAGGUAUACAUUAAGUGAAGUACCUAUGUCUUGAGGUAUACAUUUAGUGAAGUACCUAUGUCUUGAGGUAUACAUUUAGUGAAGUACCUAUGUGUUGAGGUAUACAUUUAGUGAAGUACCUAUGUGUUGAGGUAUACAUUUAGUGAAGUACCUAUGUGUUGAGGUAUACAUUUAGUGAAGUACCUAUGUGUUGAGGUAUACAUUUAGUGAAGUACCUAUGUGUUGAGGUAUACAUUUAGUGAAGUACCUAUGUGUUGAGGUAUACAUUUAGUGAAGUACCUAUGUGUUGAGGUAUACAUUUAGUGAAGUACCUAUGUCUUGAGGUAUACAUUAAGUGAAGUACCUACGUCUUGAGGUAUACAUUAAGUGAAGUACCUAUGUCUUGAGGUAUACAUUUAGUGAAGUACCUAUGUGUUGAGGUAUACAUUUAGUGAAGUACCUAUGUCUUGAGGUAUACAUUUAGUGAAGUACCUAUGUCUUGAGGUAUACAUUAAGUGAAGUACCUAUGUCUUGAGGUAUACAUUAAGUGAAGUACCUAUGUCUUGAGGUAUACAUUAAGUGAAGUACCUAUGUCUUGAGGUAUACAUUUAGUGAAGUACCUAUGUCUUGAGGUAUACAUUUAGUGAAGUACCUAUGUGUUGAGGUAUACAUUUAGUGAAGUACCUAUGUGUUGAGGUAUACAUUUAGUGAAGUACCUAUGUGUUGAGGUAUACAUUUAGUGAAGUACCUAUGUGUUGAGGUAUACAUUUAGUGAAGUACCUAUGUCUUGAGGUAUACAUUUAGUGAAGUACCUAUGUGUUGAGGUAUACAUUUAGUUAAGUACCUAUGUGUUGAGGUAUACAUUUAGUGAAGUACCCAUGUGUGGAGGUAUAGACUACAUUUAGUGAAGUAUCCAUGUGUGAAGGUAUAGACUACAUUUAGUGAAGUACCCAUGUGUUGAGGUAAAGAUUUAGUGAAGUACGAAUGUGUGGAGGUAUAGACUACAUUUAUUGAAGUACACAUGUGUGGAGGUAUAGACUACAUUUAAUGAAGUACCCAUGUGUGGAGGUAUAGACUACAUUUAAUGAAGUACCCUCGUGUGGAGGUAUAGACUACAUUUAAUGAAGUACCCAUGUGUGGAGCUAUAGACUACAUUUAAUGAAGUACCCAUGUGUUGAGGUAUAGACUACAUUUAAUGAAGUACCCAUGUGUGGAGGUAUAGACUACAUUUAGUGAAGUACAUAUGUGUUGAUGUAUACAUUUAGUGAAGUACCCAUGUGUGGAGGUAUAGACUACAUUUAAUGAAGGUGUGGAGGUAUAGACUACAUUUAAUGAAGUACCCAUGUGUGGAGGUAAAGACUACAUUUAAUGAAGUACCCAUGCGUGGAGGUAUAGACUACAUUUAAUGAAGUACCCAUGUGUGGAGGUAUAGACUACAUUUAAUGAAGUACCCAUGUGUGGAGGUAUAGACUACAUUUAAUGAAGUACCCAUGUGUGGAGGUAUAGACUACAUUUAAUGAAGUACCCAUGUGUGGAGGUAUAGACUACAUUUAAUGAAGUACCCAUGUGUGGAGGUAUAGACUACAUUUAAUGAAGUACCCAUGUGUGGAGGUAUAGACUACAUUUAAUGAAGUACCCAUAUGUGGAGGUAUAGACUACAUUUAGUGAAGUACCCUUGUGUGGAGGUAUAGACUACAUUUAGUGAAGUACCCAUGUGUGGAGGUAUAGACUACAUUUAGUGAAGUACAUAUGUGUGGAGGUAUAGACUACAUUUAAUGAAGUACCCAUGUGUGGAGGUAAGACUAUAUUUAAUGAAGUACCCAUGUGUGGAGGUAUAGACUACUUUUAGACACACAGCCUUCAUAGUCACAUACCUUAUAGGUCAUAUACUCACUUAUCUUACACGUCAGCGACAGAAACCAACAAACAAAAAUUGUAGCUCUACUGCAAUAAAAAAUAUUUGAGUUCAGAAAAUAAAAACCAGUUCACCACGGAAAGCAUUAUGUUUUGUGAGAAUAGAAAUUACAUCUUCUUCUAUAUUGACCAUCACGGCCAACUAUUUCAGAUAUGAACGAGUGUUUGAUGCCAAUUACUGGAUGUGCUCCCAACGCUUGCACUGACCUGGUCGGUGAUUAUGUCUGCACUUCCUGUGCUCCUGGCUUUGCCCUCAACCAGUUUAGCAAAUGCGAAGGUAUUCGAAGACAUAUUGUGGCAGCUAUUUAUUUUUUUGAGAUUAACUGGACAUUCAUAUCUACUUUGGUAACUGAUUAAUCAGCAUUUAUUUGUUAGGUAUUUAAUUAAGUUCAUUUAAGUGUUAAACUGUAGAUGUCUUUUGUAGCACUAAAGUGUUCGCGUGCCGUAGGUUUAGCCAGUUAGUUCAUGUAUGUAUACAUUUGCCCAAAAUGUUUAGGAAGUAUAGUAUUUCUGUAAAAAAUUAUCUCUAACUAAACAAUUUACAUCACAUUGACUGGAGUUUUGUGUUAGUUUACAACUAGGCCACCUCUAGUGGUGUGGCCCAUCGUUUGAGAUUACAUUCUUUAUGUUGGAGAUUAGGAAAUCAUGCCGGCUAAUGUUGGCUGAUCACAACAAGAAGAGACAGAAAUGCUCGAAAAGACAGAACUAUUUGUGAACGAAAUGUUAUUCAUGAUCGAUUAAGGUCUCUCUCUCUCUCUCUCUCUCUCUCUCUCUCUCUCUCUCUCUCUCUCUCUCUUUCUUUCUUUCUCUUUCUUUAUCUCUCUAUUUUUCUCGCUCUCUCCAUCUUUCGUUCUCUUUUUCUCUGUAUAUGUGCGUAUCUCUCACUCUUUAUCUCUAUCUCUAUUGGCACAUAGUUUUAUCACAUGACAAUAAUGUUGACUGCAAUAAAUUGUUUAAAUUUAAAAUAAUACCUUCUCUUUAUUCCCACAGUCCAGAAUCAAAAUGUCCCCAACCAAGCUGGUGGAUUCGGUGGAGGAAAUCCAUUUAUGUGGGCAAUGAUGAUGGGAGACUUUUUCUGAUUGGCUGAUAAUGGGAGACUUUUUCUGAUUGGCUUAUGAUGGCAGAUAGUCUGAUUGGUUGAAAAACGUCUCGUUUUCUUCUAUAACGGCCAAUCCAACCAAUUAUCUUAUUUCUUGACUGCUACCCUGGACAACUUUGGAUGGAAAGAUCCGCUACAAAUCCUGAGUUUAAUCAAGACAACAACAACUUAAUUCCUCAUUUUUUGCACAGUUAAAACUAUUUCUGUAACUAGAUGUGUGGUAAUGCCUGUCAAUAUUCCUUAUGCCCUAUAAUUUAUUCCUAAGUAUUUGUCAAUUGCCCUUAUAUAUAAAUAAGAACUUUCAGAGACUGAUGAAAACAUAAUUCAUCUGGUCGAGAGGAAAAAAUUAUUUACAUUUUUAGUGGCAUUUUUAUUGACUUUGGGUCGUGGAUGAUUGAGGUUAGUUCUUUAUAUCAAUCCAUUGGAUGAGUACAGUACAUACUACUAAUAAACGUGUGUUCCAUGAGAGAUCAUGAUCACUCAGUGACGUAGUACACUGCUUUUUGUAUUGCGUAGACACGUGAUGACGGUAGUUGGCUUGUUUUCACAUUCAUAAACUUUAUAUCAUUGUAAUUUAAACAUGAUUUUUAAACGUCUAUUCCCAUGAUACUUAUGUAGACAUAUUAUUUUAUUGCUUCAUAGCUUUAUUGGACUAGUUUUAGCAGAAAAAGAAAAGAUUGUUUACAUAAAUACGAAUUUACACAUUAUUUCUUCCGUAAAUUGUAUUGCUUUGUUUUAGCACUAAGAUGGUUAUCAAUGCCAUCUUGCCUACCCACAUUUUUGUUUUCACUUUCUAUACGAAAAGAAAAAUACGAAUAUAAAAUAUCGAAAAAAUAAUUAAAUUAUCAAACAAAAACUGCGAAUUUCUCUCGGACAAAAUUUAACAAAAAGAAAACUGAUGUGUGAGAAAAGUAUCUCCUGCAUUAUUUUUUAAGUUAUGUCCCCUCAAAUGUACCUUGUGUAUUAAUUAAUCUCAUUUUAAUUAUUCUUACAUUAAUAAUCCGAGGUGGCCUCCACCUCGGAGCUCCGUGAUAAACAUUACAGUGACUGAAGAAACGAAAGAAGAGCAAGGACAACAGAGCGAAACCUUGACCUUGUUUGUGUCUGGUUCAUCCCCAGUUUAUUUAACAAGCUUUUUCCAUUAACAUUUUCUUACAAGUGCAUUGUGUAGUAAAGUGAUCUUUGUUUUCAAAGGCAAACAAAAAUGCUUGGUCUCAGCGUUCGAACUAUUUAAAAAAUCGCUAAACCAAAUUACUAUUUCCUUAUUUACAAUUUGAUUUUGAGGGGAGUUAAGUACUGUACAAAAACGCAAGCGAGGUUAUUUUUUGUUUGUUUUUUUAAAGGCAUGGCCCUCUGGAUCCAGUGGGCCAUGGUUAAGGUCAUAUGAUUAAAUAAUUUAAUGAAUAUAUAUAUUUCAAUGAAGUACAAAACGCUUCCAAGAGCUGAAACAUUAAUAAAAGUAAGGGCAAUAACCCGUCACAAGUAUAAUUGCCUAAUGUAUUAUAAGUUUACCUUUGAGUUACUGUUAGUGAUUUACAGAAUCAUCUACCGUGGCCACUAGAUGGCGCGCCGCGGGCCUAAUAUAUGUUUUUUAAAAUUUAUUUUUACCAAGCCGGUUAGUUUUUAACAAAUAGUUACUUCGUCAAAUUACGUGCGCGAACUUUAACAGGGCGCCUUCAGAAAACACGGAUUCACACAGGGCCCUAAGAAUUGCAAUAGGUUGGGAACCACUGUCUUCGGCAACCGAUUUCAACCAACCGAGCUCCAGUCCAACCCCGCCCGACUUGAUUACAUAAUAUUCUAAGAGCGGACAAGUUAACGGGUUUCUUGAAUAAGGAAAAAAAACAACACAAGUUCAGUGAUUCAUGCAAGACGGUACACAGGCGUAACACUCGGACAAUCAAGCCUUGGUGUGCUACGGUGUGCAAGAAUCUGGGAAUUUUCUGGGAAGAAUCAUUUAGAGAUUAUUUUAUAUAUUCUCUUAUAUUGUUCUUCAAUUCAUCAUUGUGUUUAAGUGUACAGGAUUUUUUUCGAAAUCCUUAAUAUUAAUUGGUUAUAUAAAGUUCUUAUUAUGUUUAUGGACCGCUUGGUUAUUUAUAGGAUUUGUUUUAAUCUAAUUUUAUUUUUUUAAUAAUAAAUUUUCCAUUUCUAAA